ACACACACACACACACUAGUGCAUACACUCACACAAAUUACAAACACUCACGCGAGUCCAAACACUCCGAGCACAAUACCGCAGUAAUAAUAAUAUUAUUAUUUAAUAUUUAUUAUUAUUAACGCCGUUUUGGAUUUUUCGCGCAGAUCACCGACCCUGACGAGGUCGGACAGCAGACACCACGUAAAAUACGAACGGCAACUGUGUUUUCGUCUGACGAGGUCCGCCGUGUCCGUUACCGCUUUGCCGCCCGGCGUACCGCUUAAUAUCAACCAACCAAGGAGCAUUCCUUCGGCUGUUUGUCGCUCGUUUUUGAUCUUCGUUCAUCUAGCAUCACCUGAGUUUGAAAAAUGGCCGUCAAUUUACUGCAGACCAACAACACUGGCAAAAUAAAUAACAAACGCCUGGCAUUGAUACAAAUUGUGAAAAUCGAUCUGAAUGCCGGAAUCAACACUGAAACACCUGAUGAUGGUGUCGUAUACUCUCCCGCUUACAUUUCCACUACCAACACCUGUGUCGUGAAUAGUGGAACAGCAUCACAGGGGAUACAAUUUCAGUUGUUGGGUGGUAACAAUGAGAAUAUUGUAGAAUUUACCCCCAGUUCUUCAGUAGACUAUUGUAAAGUUGCCAAAGAUACAUAUGCCAUACAGUUGAAUAAUCAUUCAUAUAUGUUAAAAUUUAAAACACAUAUAGAUUUAUAUGAAUUCACUGUAUUGCUGGAUCGUGCUAAAAAAGGGAAUGAUCUCUCAGUUUUUUCUAAUCGAACUGAUGAAGCAUCUGCUGCACAAUAUUUCCAGUUUUAUGGAUAUCUUUCUCAACAACAAAACAUGUUACAAGACUAUAUACGUACAAGUACCUAUCAAAAAGCAGUGCUUAUUAAUACCAUAGAUUUUCAAGACAAAGUAGUACUAGAUGUGGGCGCUGGAUCAGGGAUAUUAUCAUUUUUUUCUGUCCAAGCUGGUGCUAAAAAAGUUUAUGCUGUGGAAGCAAGUUCAAUGGCUCAACAUGCUCAGACAUUGGUGGAUUCUAAUAAUUUAGGAGACAAAGUUUUUAUUGUUGCUGGUAAAAUUGAAGAAAUUGAUUUACCUGAAAAAGUCGAUGUUAUUAUAUCAGAACCAAUGGGAUAUAUGCUCUACAAUGAACGUAUGCUUGAAACCUAUUUACAUGCUAAAAAGUGGUUAAAACCCGGAGGAAAAAUGUAUCCUAGUAAAGGGGAUUUGCACAUAGCUCCAUUCACUGAUGAUGCAUUAUUUAUGGAACAAACAAAUAAAGCCAGCUUUUGGGUUCAGUCGUGUUUUCAUGGAGUUGACUUAAGUUCAUUACGAGAUAUGGCUAUGAGAGAAUAUUUUCGACAGCCAAUAGUUGAUACAUUUGAUAUUCGUAUAUGCCUUGCAAAGUCUGUCAAACAUAGCUUAGAUUUUCUUACAGCUACUGAACAACAAUUACACAAAAUUGACAUUCCUCUUGAGUAUUAUAUACUUGAAUCCGGAACGAUUCAUGGAUUAGCUUUUUGGUUUGAUGUUGCAUUUCAAGGCAGCAACCAAACUCUGUGGCUAUCUACUUCGCCUACUGAAUCUUUAACUCAUUGGUAUCAAGUCAGGUGCCUUCUAGAAAAACCUAUUCUUGUUAAAGUUGGUCAAAUCUUAACUGGUAGUGUAUCACUUCAAGCCAAUGUAAGACAAAGUUAUGAUGUUUUCAUAAAUUUGAUGAUUGACGGGCUUCCACAUACAUGUUCUUCCAACAAUUUAGAUCUUAAAAACCCAUACUUUCGGUAUACAGGUCAACCGCCUCAACCUCCUCCUGGUGUCAAUACUAUAUCACCCAGUGAAAGUUAUUGGGCCAACUUGGAUCUCCAAAGUACUACAUCUGCUUUAAACAUGGUUAAUGGCAUUCCAUUGAAUGGUUAUGCUACAGACAUUUCCAUGGAUAUGCAAACAUCUCCAACUGCUGUUGCCAACAAUACAAAUCUUAUAAAUUUAGUUACUGUACCUCAACCAAAUAUUCAUCCAGGAUCUAUAAGUAGUACUGGAAGACAACGUGUUAGCACAGCUACUUCUACAGCAGGAGCACAACUUAUUGGCGGUGGUAUAUCCCCAACCUUAUUUACUUCCAACCAGAACCAAAAUCAACAACUUUUGUUAGGGGCAGCAACAGCUGCUGCAGGAGGUUCAACCACUGCUAUUGGAAACUAUCCAGUUAACAACAGUUUAAUGAUUGGAGACUAUGUUGCGCCCAGCACUGGUGUUUUAAAUAUUUCAUAUCGUUAAUUUAUUACAUUAUGGUUUAUUUGUAUUUACAAAAUGAAUCUUAAACCGCGACAAUUACAAAAUUACUUUUUAGGAGAUUUAUUGCUCCUUCCAUAAAUUUACCAUCCACUCAAAUAAUUAUAUACAUUCAAUUUAUGUAUAGUUAAUGUUAUAAUAUAAACUAUUUUUAUUUAUAAUUUUAAACUCAAGUAGGAUUAUUAAUAAUUUUAAAAAAGGAAAUUUUUUCCUGUUACUCAUUUUUUCAUAAGAAAAAUUAUAUUUAUAGACUAUCAAUAUGAUAAACACCCGUUAUUUUUUACAUUUUGAUAAAAAAUAUAUAAACCCGUUUUAGACACUUGACAACUCUUAGCAACAAAUUGUCUUUAUUUCCAAAUUAUAUUACAUAAGUAACAUACUCACUUAUAUAAUUUAAUGUAUAGAUUUGCUUCAAAAUUGUUAUAUUAGUUUAUGGGUGAAUGAUAAACAUUAAAAAAAAAAAUAGUUUUACGAUACCUAAUAUAUAUGCAAAACAAUUAUAAGUAUUAAUUAUUUUAUAAAUAAAAAAUAAUAUGAUUAAAAUAUUGAAAAUCAUUAUACUAGAAUAUAUUACUUUUUGAGGAACAUAUAUUACAUAUUGUUAUUUAAUAGUGUAUAAUAAUUUUUAGUUAAACCUUUGUUGCUGAUGUAUUGUUAAGGUUAAUUAUAUGAAUCAAUAAUGAUUUGGCAAUAACUUUAUGUAUACUUUUUUAUAACUAUUUUCUUUGUAAUGUUAUUUUUAAUUUGGUAAAUAUUAAUAUCUAAGGUGUGCAUUAUUCUACCUUUUUCAAUGAUUAUUUACAUGUGUUCUUCAGUCUCUAAUGUUAUUUGAAUAUAAAAUAUCAUAGCUUUUUUACAAUAUACUUAAAUAUUAAUUGAUUAUUGUGAUUCCUAUGUAUACAUAAUAUAUAAAUAUAAUAUAUAGUAAUAUUUUAAUUAAGAUAGUGCCGUUUGUAAAGCUUAAUAAUAAUAAAUGUUCAAAUAAAUUUAUCACCACUACCAAUCA